AUGAGCGAAAUUCAAAAAAAGGCAAAUUCAAAUACCUCACCUAAAACAUUUAGAUAUGUAAACGUAACAGAUAAGACAAUUAUGGAUAAGAAAUCCAAACCCAGGAGCCUACCAUAUCCAGAGAUGGAAAAAAUGAUGAAAAAUGAAUUAACCUUAAAUGAUACAUCUCAACAUAUAAUAUCGCAACAUUCAAAACCAUUGCAUAUCAAAUCUCUGUCUGUACCUAAGUACAAAGAACAAUUGCCUAAUGAUAUACAUUUAUCAGAAUUUUACCGUUCGAAUACAGUGUCUGAUGUUCCUUCCAGUUCAACAACCCAAAUUACAUAUUCGGGUCUACUUUAUGAAGAGCCCGAUACAUAUUCCGUGCAACAUGAACCUAGGCAUAAAGAACAAUUGCCUAAUAAUACACUAUUACCAGAAUUUUACUAUUCGAAUACAGUAUUUGGUGCUCCUUCCAAUUCAGCAUACCAAAUUACAUAUUCGGACCCGCUUUAUGAAGAGCUCGAAACAUAUUCUGAGCAAUAUGUAUCUAGGCAUACAGAACAAUUGCCUAAUAAUAAAAUUUUACUGGAAUUUUACUAUUCGAAUGCAGAAUCUGGUGAUUUGUCUAGUUCAACAAAUCAAAAAAUAUAUUCAGGCAUAUUUUAUGAAGAGCCUAAAUCAUAUUCUAUGCAGAAUGAAGCAUAUUUCAAAGCUCAGGUCGCAGUCUUAGAUCCUAUACCAUUAGAUGAAAGUUUUAACCAUGUGACUAGUGAUAAAAAUUCUGAUCAAGAAACUAAGUUACGUUACCUAUCAGAUUUCGAGUAUAUUAAUUGGUUAUACAAUAACGAUAAUAUCCGUGAUACAUCAAGCAUACCAGCUUGUUGCGAUACUGACAG